GUUGUGUAUCGCUGUGUGGAUGGAAUGGUUCAGUCAUUGAGUGAUAAUAUGGCCGUCCGUUCAGUUGGUGUGUAUCGCGUGUCGUGUGUUUGCCAUCGUUUGACACAAUCAGUUGACUACACAUCUCAUCACACAUUGGAUUAACGUUUGUGUGAAUCGAAUGGUCACUCAUUGGCUGUGAUUCUCAUCGAAACCAUAGAUAACGUUAUAAUUAACAGUGAAUUACGGCAUAAAGUGUUUUGAUUUGUAUUGAAUUGCAAACAAAACUUGGAAACCAAUAAAUUUUUCGUUUGAAACGGUUGUGUCCGACAAAUCGCCCAAAAACGGAACCGACUCCGGGCAACAGCAGCAGCAGCAGUGGUGGCAGCGCUAACAGCGGGGGUUGUGGUAUCAACAGCAGCAGCAGCACCGGUAUGGCCGUAUCGCGCGCUCCAUCGCCGCCGCCCACCAAUGAAGCCAACACUCCAGUGGCCGAGAGUUGGUGUUACACUCAGGUGAAGGUAAUCAAGUUCUCGUACAUGUGGACGAUCAACAACUUCAGCUUCUGUCGCGAAGAAAUGGGUGAAGUCCUCAAAAGCUCUACGUUCUCCGCCGGCGCUAACGACAAACUCAAAUGGUGUUUACGAGUCAAUCCCAAAGGAUUAGACGAAGAAAGUAAAGACUACCUGUCCUUAUAUCUACUGCUAGUCUCUUGCAAUAAAACCGAAGUGAGGGCUAAAUUCAAAUUUUCUAUACUUAACGCUAAGAGAGAAGAGACCAAAGCUAUGGAGAGCCAGAGAGCCUAUCGGUUCGUUCAGGGAAAGGACUGGGGCUUCAAAAAGUUCAUACGAAGAGAUUUCCUUUUGGAUGAGGCAAACGGUUUGCUUCCCGACGAUAAACUCACUCUUUAUUGCGAAGUGAGUGUUGUCGCCGAUUCAGUCAACAUUUCGGGUCAAAACAAUUCAAUACAGUUUAAAGUUCCAGAGUGUCGUCUUUCCGAUGAUUUAAGUAUUUUAUUCGAGAGCCAAAAAUUUAGUGAUGUUUUACUAGUGGUUAACGGACGGGAAUAUUAUGCACACAAAGCCAUUCUCGCGGCGCGAUCUCCAGUCUUCGCCGCUAUGUUUGAACACGAAAUGGAAGAGAAGAAGCAGAACAAAGUCGAGAUCACGGAUAUGGACCACGAAGUUCUGCGCGAAAUGCUUCGCUUUAUAUACACCGGCAAAGCGACUAAUUUAGAGAAAAUGGACGCCGACUUAUUGGCCGCCGCCGAUAAAUACGAUUUGGAGCGACUGAAAGUGAUGUGUGAAGAGUCUCUUUGUUCAAACUUAUCGGUGGAGACGGCGGCAGAAGUACUAAUACUGGCUGAUAUGCACAGCGCUAACCAAUUGAAAGCACAUGCCAUUGAAUAUAUCAAUACACACGCGACAGACAUAAUGGAGACGCAGGGCUGGAAGACAAUGAUCAACAGACAGCCCCAUCUCAUCGCCGAAGCGUUCCGAGCGUUGGCCACACAACAAAUGCCUCCAAUAGGUCCGCCGCGGAAACGGAUUAAACAGUCUUAAGACUUUGUGAAACAUUAGGUUUAUUACAAUUAUUAGAGUAUUUGAGUGAAACUGUAAGCUAUGAACGAAACUGAUAUGGAGGCCGACUCGAGCCGACAACUUCUUGCACCAGUAGUUCUUCCUCCCUGUGCUCUACAACUUGUUUUGAUGUGAAGUGAACUUAUUAUUGAAAUGAAUGCCUUUUAAAAUAUCAACGGAUAAUCAUUGAAACAAAUGGUCGCAAGAUUUUAGCCCACCUUUUAAUACGAUUGUUAUUUUGGAGAAAAACAAGUCUUAAACUAUUUUACAAACGAAAAAUCCCUCAAAAACUAUGUUUAAAGUGAUUAUUGAAGAUCUCGUGUUUAUGUGAAAACAAAACUGCAAUCAAAUAUACAUAUAUUUAUCGAUCAGACAAUUGUCAACAGAUUUUUUUUUGUAAAUGACAUCAAAUUAUUUGUUCAUUAAUUUCACAUUUCAAUUGCAUUACAAUAUCAUUGGAUAUGUCUGUCAAUACUGUGUGCGUGUCUUAUGUUGUGAUCGAUUCUUAACUUAAUUAUCGAUAUUAUAAUUAAAGCACAAGAGAUGAGACCACAAGACAUAAGAUAUGCGAUUAAUUUAUAUAAUUACUGUCAACUCAUAUCGAUUUGAUGUUAGUUUCUAUCAUUCAUUUCAAAAACAUAUGUAUUAGUUAUGCAAAUAUUGUAUAAAACAAACGAUACUAUUAUACGAUACAUACAAACAACAAAACAACAGAAUAUUUGCUGAGAAAUAAUACCAGUGAACAAAACACCCGACAAACAGACCUAAACUAAAACUCCAU